AUGCUCCGCGCAGGUGCCGUGAGAGCACUGUAUGCCGCUACAAGGACCCAGGUUCCCCGACAAUUGCCUGCCUUCCGAUCUCAAAUCGCUUCCUCCCUAUUGCAAUCAUCUCGAGUCGCUCCAUCCUUUGUUAUCCCUAGCAUAAGAUGCUAUUCAGCACCUGCCGGCCUUUCGAAAGAGGAGGUCCAAGGCCGGAUAAUGGAUUUGUUGAAGAACUUUGACAAGGUCACAGAUGCAUCAAAGAUCAGUGGCACAUCACACUUCCAAAAUGACCUCGGAUUGGACAGCUUGGACACUGUGGAGGUUGUGAUGGCGAUUGAGGAAGAAUUCAGCAUUGAAAUCCCAGACAAGGAGGCGGAUGCUAUCCACAGCGUCGACCAAGCAGUUACAUACAUCUGCGCCCAACCCGAUGCGCACUAA